AUGCUUGGAUUGUCUUUUGCAUUUAUUCCAUUUUUUCGUAUUCUUUGCGAAACGACUUCUUUUAAUGGAGUUGCACAAAUAGCUAGAAAUCUUAAUAAAAUUGCUACUAUGGAAAAAGUGGAUGAUUGUCUAAUUCGUGUCCAAUUUAAUGCUGAUGUCCCCUCUUCAAUGCAAUGGAAAUUUAAACCACUUCAGGACGAAAUUUAUGUUACUUAUAAUCCAACAAAUAAGCCAAUUGUUGGCAUUAGUACAUACAAUUUAUCACCGUUCCAGGCUGCAUAUUAUUUUAAUAAGAUUCAAUGUUUUUGUUUCGACGAACAAAUCCUCAAUCCCGGAGAAGAAGUUGAUUUGCCAGUGUUUUUCUACAUUGAUCCAGAUUUUGUCAACGAUCCCUUGUUGGAGGAUGUUACCAAUUUAUUGUUGUCAUAUACAUUCUUUGAAUCCGGAUCCGAUCUAAAACUUCCUUCGCCGUUUGAUCCGAAUAAUCGACCUUUAAAUAAAUCUCUUCAAAAGUUUGAGGAAAAAGAAAAGAAGACAGGAUCUUUAUUGGAAUCAGUUAAUGCUAUUGCCUAG